AUGUCUUCUUUUCACCAGGACGCGAGUCUCAAUGGAUCGCGGGUGUCCACGUCGGAUCCCACGGAGUUGCAGAAUGUGGAGAAGCGGAUUGCGCAAAGGCGCGGCGCGCUCCCGGACAUGCCCCUCCCAGAUGUCUCUGGGGGGAUCCCUGUCUCCAAGAACAGCUCCUUUGCUGAGGCCGCCGUGGUGUCGGAUCCCCAGCGAUGGAAUCACCGUUUCACCGGGAUCUUUACCGACCACGUAUUAAAUGAGCCUUCAAAGGAGGAAUUGUUGACGUCGGUAGAGCGGAAGGCAGAUAAGCCGCGGACACCUGAAAUCAAGUGUUGCUCUUUGUUUUUCAACUAG